AGAGAGAGAGAGAGAGAGGACUUAAAUAGCUCGCUCUCUUCCUUUAACGGGACAUUUGACACCUGCGGGAUGGACACGAAGCCCUGAGGAGAUUCUUCAUUUUGAUUUUUAAAUAUUUUUUAUUCUUCAGCCUCCGGAUCUGCGUGCUUUCCUGCCCGGAUGGAGCCGUGAUUCCCCCGCAGCAGCAGCAGCAGCAGCGCGGCCGCUUCGCCUCUCCACCGGCACACACACAGACACACACACACACGCACGCAAAUACAUAGACACACACAUUUUUAAUUAUAAUUUGAAAUAAAAUCCGCAGCCCGUGUUGGUGACCGCCGUCUCUUCCAGCAGGCCUCUCCUCUCUGACUGACACGUUCCCAUGCGAUUCUUCAGACUCACAUUUAAGUGUUUCGUGGAUUGUUUUUGAAGGUCGCUGUCCGAUUUCGGUGUUAUUCUCCCCUAUUUUUUUUUAUUUCUUAAUUAAUUUUUUCCCCUCUGUUUUUUGAUGUUGAGCGCGCCCCCUCCCUACCCAACGGAUAUCAGUCAAUAACAAUAAAUUUGUCUGAUUUGAGUUUGUGACUCUCUAUAUAUUUUUUAUUAUUCGUGUCCGAAAUUAUCAUUAUUAUUAGGCGAAACGUCUAUUUGCGUCCGAGUGCGACCUUCCAGCUCCGGCUGUCACGACCCACGCCGGGUGUUUGUACAUUAAAAAUUAAUAAUACUGAUUAUUAUCGUCUUGGCGAGAAUAAACGGACCGGACUAAGAGAAAGAAAGGCGAAAAGACAGAAAACAGGUCCGUUAUACUAAGAGAGCCACCGGGCAGAGCGACUGAGCUGCUCCGCUGGUUUCUGACUGGAGGAGCAGGUGGAUCAACCCGAGGAGAGAAAUACAAAAUAAAAACUGACUGAGAAGAAGAGCGGAGCAAAGAGAAGAGGAGUCCAGCGAAAGAGAGAGCAAAAUCUGAGGAAUUAAAGGGGAGAGCAGAUUGAAGGAGACUCGGACUGGGAUUAUCUGCUGGGACCGGCUCUCCAGCUGCUCUGCUGCCCGGCUCUGGACGCUCAAAGUCGGCCAUGGAAAAGCAGGCGCUCCCGUCCUCCUGCUCGCUGGUCCUCCUGGAGGAGAAGAAGACGCACCUCCUCCACUCCGCUGCCGCCGCCGCCAACGGCACUUUGGUUCCCAUGCCGGCGGGGCCCGGCGGGGCGGGCGGCGCCGCGGGCCCGGAGAAGGGCGGGGCGGGUUACCCGGAGCGGGAGACCUGGACGCGGCAGAUGGACUUCAUCAUGUCCUGUGUGGGCUUUGCUGUCGGGCUCGGAAACGUGUGGAGGUUCCCCUACCUGUGCUACAAGAACGGUGGAGGCGUCUUCCUCAUCCCCUACAUGCUGAUCGUGUUCGUCGGGGGAAUCCCCAUCUUCUUCCUGGAGAUCGCUCUGGGUCAGUUCAUGAAGGCCGGCAGCAUCAACGUGUGGAACAUCGCCCCGCUCUUUAAAGGUCUGGGUUAUGCGUCCAUGGUCAUCGUGUUUUUCUGUAACACCUACUACAUCAUGGUGCUGGCCUGGGGUUUCUACUACCUGAUCAAGUCCUUUAACUCCACCCUCCCGUGGUCCAACUGUGACAACGAGUGGAACACGCCCAGCUGCAUCGAGAUCUUCCGGCACCAGGACUGCCACAACGCCAGCCUGGCCAACGCCACCGGCACCGCCGCCGCCAACCUCACCAACGCCACCUGCAGCGAGCUGGCCGACGGACGCUCGCCCAUCAUCGAGUUCUGGGAGAACAAGGUGCUGAACAUCUCGGCGGGCCUGGACGAGCCCGGCCAGGUGAACUGGGAGCUCACGCUGUGUCUCAUGGCCGUCUGGGUGCUCGUCUACUUCUGCGUCUGGAAGGGAGUCAAGUCCACCGGCAAGAUCGUCUACUUCACGGCCACCUUCCCCUACGUGGUUCUCAUCAUCCUGCUGGUCCGGGGCGUCACACUUCCUGGUUCCUACGACGGCAUCAUGUACUACAUCAAACCUGAUUGGUCCAAGCUGGGCGAGGCUCAGGUGUGGAUCGACGCCGGGACGCAGAUCUUCUUCUCGUACGCCAUCGGCCUCGGAGCGCUGACCGCCCUGGGCAGCUACAACCGCUUCAACAACGACUGCUACAAAGAUGCCUUCAUGUUGGCUCUGAUCAACAGCGGGACGAGCUUCUUCGCCGGGUUCGUGGUGUUUUCCAUCCUGGGCUUCAUGGCCGCAGAGCAGGGGGUCGACAUCUCCCAGGUGGCCGAGUCAGGUCCAGGUCUGGCCUUCAUUGCGUACCCGAAGGCGGUGAGUUUGAUGCCGGUGGCUCCGGUCUGGGCGGCGCUCUUCUUCUUCAUGCUGCUGCUGCUGGGACUGGACAGCCAGUUCGUGGGGGUGGAGGGCUUCGUCACCGGGAUCCUGGAUCUGUUUCCGGGGAAAUAUUACCAUCGCUACAGGAGGGAGAUCGCCGUGGCGAUCUGCUGCCUGCUCUGCUUCAUCAUCGAUCUCUCCAUGGUAACGCAGGGAGGGAUGUAUGUCUUCCAGUUGUUUGAUUACUACUCGGCCAGUGGAAUGACUCUGUUGUGGCAAGCAUUCUGGGAAUGCAUAGUAGUUGCCUGGGUCUAUGGUGCUGACCGGUUCAUGGACGACGUGGCUCGCAUGAUCGGCUACCGGCCUUUUCCCUGGAUGAAGUGGUGCUGGUCCUUCAUCACUCCGUGUGUCUGCAUGGGAAUCUUCCUGUUUCACCUGGUGAACUACAAGCCGCUGACCUACAACAACGUGUACGUGUACCCCUGGUGGGGCGAGGUGAUUGGCUGGUGCCUGGCGUUGUCCUCCAUGCUCUGCAUCCCCGUCAGCGUGCUGUACAAACUGUUCAGGACCAAGGGGACCUUCAGAGAGCGCUGGGCCCACCUGACCAGCCCCGUGUGGGGGGCCCACCACCUGGAGUACAUGGCCCCCGACACCGACAUCAAGUCCCUGGCCUCGCUGUCGCCCGGCACCGAUGACAACAAGGUCAUCAUCUUCGAGAGCGUCAUGUAGGCCGCCGCCGCCAUGCCGGGCUCCACCCCGCCACGACAGGACAGCCGCCACCUCACCUCCACACCUGACGAGCCCAGCCCCCUGACCCCCCGGCCCCCUCAGCCCCCCCGGCCCCCCCAACGUCUGGACGCCAAACGUCUCUGGGCAGACCAAAGCAAACGCUCCAGAGUCGACCAACCAACCGCCAGGCGACUUUUACCUCCAGGAUGGAAGAGGGAAGGAGUCAGCUCCUCCAGGAGGGAAGUGAUAAUAAAAACUAUUUCAAUCUGAAUUCUUCUGCUUCCUCGUUUCCACGUUGUGAAGGAAGCCGGCGGCUUCUGAGGCAAAGGGCUUCCAUCACGCUGCUGACCGUCUGAAAAAUGUGAAUAUUGGUGAAUUUUGCUGCCCCCAACACUUUCCUCCAAAGGACAUGAAUGAUUUUGUGCAGCUGCCAUGGCGACCUCUUGUUCUAUUUGUCUGAACUCUGAAAAAAAAAGAAAGAAAAGAAAAGAAAAGAAAAAAGAAGUGCAAUAACGUCCAAAUUCUAAGCUGAUGAAUCCUGGAGGGGCUGAAGGUCUGAACGUCUCCCAUCGGCUCCCCGCUGGGUGUGGGGCAUCGCUGCUGUCUUGUCCUGGGACACACACACUCACACACACACACAAACACACACACUGACACACAAACACGCACACACUCACACACACACACAAACACACACACUGACACACAAACACACACACACUCACACACAAACACAUACACACACACACACUCACACACACACAAACACACAACUGGUGUCCAUCAGUGUCUACGUCUCAAACAGCUCAUAGUCGGCCAUUACACAUGCAGCCUGGGAGGAAGGACGCCAUGUCAUGACGUCAUCAUCAUCAUCAUUAUCAUCUUCAUCAUCAGCAUCAGCAUCAGCAUCAUCAUCAUCAGCAUCAGCAUCAUACUAACCAACAGAACCUUCACACUGAAGUGUUUACUGAGGCUACAGAUUUGAUUUCUGGGAAACUUGUGUGUAAAAUUUACACUUGUGAGAAACGCUUGUUGUUACCCAGCGUGGGGCAACAUGUGUGUGUGUGUGUGUGUGUGUGUGUGUGUGUGUGAGAGAGAGAGAGUGUGUGUGUGUGUGUGUGUGUGUGUGUAAUGGCCGUUGAAGACAGAGUUCUGGACAGACAGACUGACUGAACCCCAGAUUAACGAGGCGUCCGUGAAGGCGGCGCCCUGCCGGGAGCCGGCUGGUCCUGCACUCAGAUCAGUUUUGCACUAACCGACUCCGCCCUGGACUCACCUGUUCUUUUGUUUUCUUAUUAAUUUCAUGAUUUUUAUCAUUAGUUGUCUCCUCCUGUGCAUUGGCCUGGUCCGGAGCUGAACGAGCCUCUGAAUUCGAUCUUUAAAAGGUGACAGAAGCACUUUAAAGUGACGUGUUGAUUGUUUCUGACAUGAAAACAAACUGGAAGUGAUAAAUUAUGGCGCUGAUCACAGAUCAGCUGCUCUUGAAUCUCUAACUGUGAAAAAAAAUUAAAAAAUCUGGCGACGACUACUGACCUCAGACCAGCCCGGCUCGCGGCCCGGCUCCUGCGCAGGGUGACGCCGGCGCCCGUCAGGCGUCCCGUCCUCGGAUCGACUGAAGUGCCAAACGGAGCGAUCCUCGCCCUGCGGGGCUGAUCCCAGACCAGGGCUCCAGUUGCCAAUAUGAACCCAGAAAAACUGUUUUCUCUGCCCAGAUCAGUCUCCCUCCCGCCGAGCGCAGCCACCACUUCCUGUCUGCACCAAAAUGGCCGCCGCAGGACUCGUUAGGUUAUUUGAUGAUUUUCUUCCUGGCUGGUGAUUUUUCAUAAAACUUUUAAAAUCAGACAUUUUCAGUGAAAUAAACAUCAGUGUUCAUGUUUCUGUGAACACUAGGAGGCGCUGCGUGAGGAGAGGCAGGAGCAGCGACCUCCACAAACUAAACAUAGAAAAAAAAUCUAAACAUGGAGUUUUGUGGCUUAAAUCUGCUGAUUUUAAAUCUGCUGAUUUUAAAUCUGCUGAUUUUAAAUCUGCUGAUUUUUGCAUUUCGAGAAGGAAAUACUUUGAAAAGCGUCCAGGCUCUUUGUUCUGGAAACCAACGGGACAAGACCAGCGUCCCUUUUGAGCAGCAGGAGAGGAGGAGGAGGUGAAGUGGCUGAUGGGAAGUCAGAUCAGCUGAUAGAGCGGGGUGGGGGGGGUGGGAGGGGGGGCAGGUAGAUGCCAAACUUUGCCUUACGUCGUUGUCUUAACUCUAGAGCCCAGACGGUUGACUGAUAGCCAAACCCAGAGCCCUGCAGGACGGCGGCGCGGCGCUCUGGUCUCACCCCGUCCCGUCCCGUCCCGUCCCGUCCUGUCCCUCAGCAGUCUGCGGGGGCGUGUCCAGAACUCUGUCUCCUAGCAACCACUAACCAUCAUCCAACCUGUCAUCAGGAAGAACAUAACGAUUAGAAUGUAAGAUAAACUAAAACAAAACGACAUUUGCACAUUGUUGUAAAAAAUAACCUCGCCAGCACUUUGAAAAAAGGAAGAAAAAAAACAAACAGAGAAAAUCAUGUUAGAAAGAAUUUUUGUUUUGUUUUACAUAUUGUAAAAUGAAUCAGAGAUUUAUUUUGUGAUGGCUUUUAUUUUGCUUAUACAUACAGUAUGGAAAUAUAUAUAUUGACUAUCUUUGUGUGUUAUAUAUUUGAUGCAGUACGUAACUGAUGACGAGGACGAGCAGGAGGGUUUUGGGGCUGAUCGCUCACGUCGGGCCGCCGGCGGCGGCAGCGCAGGCGAGCUUCAGGCUACCUCACCCCUCCCACAUGACCUCACGGCUCCGGCCAGCAGGGGAUUGUGGGAAGCGGCGUUUUGCGUCGAAGAGAAACUGGAUUCUGCGCUGCAGCUCGACGAGCCUCCGGCCGCGGGCGCCACGUUCACGCCAAAAAAAAUUAUUCAAAAUCAGGGGUCGUAUUCUAGAGACAUCCUCCCUUAACUGUUUGGUAACCAUGGUAACUAGGAUGAUGAUACUUGAUUGGUCCCCGAGGAAACACUGAGUCACACAAAUUAUAAGCAACAAAAAAGGAAAAUAAGAAACCUGAAAGUGAUGUGCAUCCAAAGUUUGAUUGAAGAAAACAGUCCGACACUCAGUGAUCCUGUCAAACAUCCAAACUUCACAAAAUCUGAAAAAACAACAGCGUUCCUAACUUCAGGAUCACUGUUCUAAAGGUUCUAAAGGUUCUAAUGGUCUCAGAAGUUUCUGGAACACGGCCCGGCUCGGUUUCAGCUGCCAGAACAACCAAACGUACCGGACGUUCUGUUUGGUUUAUUAAGGCUCUGCUGCCUGAGGUCGGUUUGAGUUGUGGGCGGAGCGUGAGCGGCGGCGGCGGCGGCGAGGUCUCUCGGCGGUGUGCGUGCGGCUGACGUGAGCGAGCAGCGAGGGGCGGGGCUUGCUUGUUUGUUGGGUUUUGCUGCGAUGCAGUGAUGUUAAGGCUGUCGAAGCUUCGUGUGGCUCUGAACACACUACGAAAGGGAAUUUUCUUUUUUUGAUUUCAAAUUAUCAAGUGCUAAAGUGUUUGAAGAGUUGUAGCUUUAGAUGAUUUAGACCUGUAGCUUUUUUCUUGGUGUGUUUUACUGAAUAUCAGUGUUUUCCCUCAGACCCAACCACGGCUCAGAUUCUCUUUUUUAUUCACGAAAACACGACCGUUCACUUUAGUCCGCACGUCUCGUCCGAUAAAGAACCGAAUGUGGACGUCGUUAUUGGACGCUCGGACGUCGGAGAAACGGCAGGACAAACUCCUCCGACGCGGCAACGUGGGUUUGUUUUGGCAGACGGGUGGAAUUAAAUUUGCUUUUCAAAUUAAACUGAAUGACUAAGAUGUUUGAGAGGCUAAGGAACUGCCUGCUGGGACACACGCUGCGUGCUGAUUGGACGGUCUGAAAACCCAAACUGAAUACUACACAGUACGCAGGGACACCCCACAUACUGCCACUCCACAGUACGCAGUACAAGUACACAUACCUCAUAUUGAAGAGUAUGCAGGUUGAAUGAAACCAUAACCCAGUAUGCAGCAGCGGCACACCUCAGAGCCUCCACGCCAAAACACUCAACAUGGUUUCCAGCAAAACCUUCAACCAGUGAACCUCAGUUUGUGACGUCGUCCCGAACCUGUUUUUGUUUUUAUUUUUUUCUUUGACGUUUGGUUUCAUUUCCCUGAUUGAUCUGGUACCUGAUGACCAAAUAUCCUGGCGUACUCGCGUUACUUCCUCACUCAGAUUUGAGCUUCCAGACUCGCACCAAUCACACGCCUCCAGUCCUCUUACCAAAUAUGGUCAACAGGAGAACCACUUCCUGUCCAAACCCCGGAGGCCAGUAGCCAAUCAGCUCAGUCUGCCACUCGCUGCUCGUCCUGUUGGAGAGUUUAAAGGGACGGUUCACACAUUUUUUCAAAAUGUCAGUUUCCAUAGCAUAGUUUGUUUUGGUUUGAAGACGAGUCCGAGGAUUAUAACAGGCCACAGGGAUCAGAAUCAUCAACAUGAUCUGUGGUUUUAUUGUGUUCAGACGGCAGCGAGCUGCUCUGCUGAGCCUGCAGGGGGCUGCCACAGCUAGCUAGCUAACAAAAACAACAGAAGACGGUAUUAGACGUUAGCUAACCUGAGGAAUUUAAACAGCAGCUGAUUUAGAAGCGAUGCCGUGGGCCCCGACGACUCAACCAAUCAGAUUUCUCAGGCGCAGAGCUAUGGGAGGAGCCUGGCACUGGUGUUUACUUGUUCGUGAACAAAAACAAACAAAAACAAAGUCACUACAGUUAGCUAGCUUGCAAAAAAUAAACUGUUUGCCUGCCACAAAAAACAGCAGACGAUAUUCAAGAUGAGAAAUGACUCAACAGGACAAACUGACGGCAAAAAAUCUGCUACUAAACAAAAACAAACAAACGGACAAAGACACAUUUCUAUCACGGUUCUUACAUUUAGCCAAAGUACGAUUUAGUCAAAUUUAGCUAGCGUGGUAGCUAAGCUAACAGUGGAAACUCAGUUUAAAGUCGGACCAGAAGUGCCAGAAGUUUCCAGAAGAGGUCGUGGGAGAAUCGGUGCUUCGUUAUCUGACCUUUCCUAACGAUGUGGUUUCAUUCUGCCGUUUGAAACGUGUGUGAACCGACUCGCCACCGCUCCGCGCCGCUUUAACCAUCACAGCUAAUCUGACGGACAGCGGUCAUGCAGUGCCACUGAGGUGUCGGACACACGGCUGUAUAGUACUGACACAACUAACCUGACGCGUAUUUUAUAGAAAACCUAUCUAUGAUCAAACUGACAUUUUAAGUUUAGAAUGUCUUUUUUUAAUCAGUGUUUUAUUAUUUCAUUUUUUCUUUUUUUAAUAUGUAGUUUCUCGUUGUAGACUCUAGCCUGGGUGGGUCAAAAGGUGAAAAACUAAAACCUGUAGUUAUUAAAAUAUAAAAAGUAGAAAAAACAACUUAAAAUGAAAUGUACAUUACCAAAAUCUGUUGUUGUUUGGUGUCAUUAUCUCUGUGCUCUGCCAAAAACCGUUGUGGACAGUAUCUUUCCUCCAAACUGCAGCUGCGAACUGGGAGAGGGGAAAACUAUAUUUUACACAAACCAGCAUACUGUACACUUUGCAGGUACUGUAAACUUUACAAGUUGCUGUAAAACUGUAAACUUUGCGGGGUUUUCUAAUGCCUGUACAGAUGAGUUCUACUGUGUUGUAAAGAUUAAGAUGAUAAUUAAGGUAUUUUCAUCGGGUUUGAAUGUUUUUAGUUUUAUGAAACUUCUACCCUACGCAGAUGACACUGACUUUUAUCUCAAAGAUGAACGGUACUUAAAGUGAUCAAACGAUCCAUGUAUUAUUAAGGUGAUUAUGUGUAAAGAUUUAUUAUUGCAAAUUUUGGAUUCAGCUAUGCAAAGUCAGGAGGUCCAGUUGUCUGAGUGCGUGGACAGAUGGCCGGACGCUCGGCCGGGACGCCGUGGCAGCCGCCGCAUCAUUCUGCUUCCCUGAACCGGGGACAACCAAUGCUGCUUCAAGCUGCUCUGACUCUGUUAAAACCAAUGGACCAUGCACAUUUAGCUACACAUCACCCAAACUGUGUCGCAUUAAAAUGAUUUACCCUAUGAAAAACUCAUCCCCGCUUAUUUAAGUGAGGAUAGGCUUUUUCAAAUGAUUUUUCUGUUUCUGUUGUAAAUAAACUGUGGGCAGCAUUCGUCCUCACAGGCCGGGUCUCCUAGGCUUUUGAAAGAUUGAAUGAUGAGCUUCAGCUAAAGAUUCUUAUUUUUUUCCCCAGAAAAAUGGCUUCAUAAAAUGUUGAGAAAUAAACUAUUUUAUAAAACAUUUUUUUUUUUUUUAUAAAUGUCAGAUGUUUGAUUGGCCCCUGAAUCCAAAAGCAAGAAGCCCUGCGCACUGAUCGCUGAUAAAAAGUUGUUUUAAUCCAAAUCAGGUGUUUCGUCAUUCCGUAUUUCAGUGCUAAUGAGAUGUUUCCAUGCUAACAAUGUUUUCAGUGAGAAAUCUGUCAGCCUGGCUGACACGAACAUGUCCCAAACCGAGUUCCACCGCAUCUCACCAGCGGUGGUUUAGUCGCCAUCGGCCUCAAAAUGAGUCAGAUCUGCAGCUUUUCUUCAGCGUUUCCCCUCCCGAGUCUCCAGCUCAGCAGCAGGAAGCAGAACGAUGCCCGUCUGUCUGUCUGUCUGUCUGUCUGUCUGUCCGUCCACUCAGGGUUUUGGUAAAGGAUACUGUCUGGCAACUCUGCUGUUAGCUGGUUUCCACUGGUCCAGAGCAUCUGGCUGCUCCAAACCUGCUGACAGGACAGGACAGGUCCUGUCUGCUGCACCCAGACCAGCUCAGCGCGGUGCCAUAGGCUCUCACGUCUGGAUUAGAUUAAAUUCAUGUAGUUUUCACUUUUUUGAAGUUUCAUGCUUCCUUUAAAAAUAACUGACAUACGUUUUUGGCAUUCAAUAUAAACAGCCAAAAAUGAUGUGCCAAAAAAUGGUACAACAUGGUACCGAUUCAGAUUAAAAACCCUGUAACGUCUCGUCUCUUCACUGUGGAUUUGUUCAGCGUGCAGCCGGUUUGGUGACCUCAGGUCUGAUGUUCUCCUGGUUGAACAGUGGAACCAUCAGAGGUUAGAACCAGACGUUCUCCUCCUGUGGAAACUCUGAGGCUGGAAACAAAUGUCAGAGCUGCAUUGUCAGUCCUGUGGUCUGAAGAGGUGGAACAUGUGGUAACACGUCAUACAGCGUCUCAGUGAUGGUCGGCACCCAGAGCUCUGUGUGUUCAGAACUAAAACACAGCCAGAACGCCGCCUAGCAGAGGUAAACAACAGUGACUGGAACCAUUUCAGGUCAUGUAAUCCCUGGCAGCCAUGUUGGAGGCCUUCACCUAGCUAACCACCCAUGUCUUGUUCUGAGUAACACAUUAGCCAGUUAGCUAGCUAACAGUGUGUUCAGGUGAGAAACCAUUGGAAAGUGUUACCAGGUGUUUCUGAGGCCUCGUCUCCACCGGCGUAAACACCAAAUCAGAGCUAAUACAAAUGACCUAUUUGCAGUUUUACCAGAUGCUGCUGGUUUUUGGUUAGCUGGCUGAUCAGUGGAGACUUGAGCCGGGCCGGGCCGAGCCGGGCCAAACCAGGCCAAACUGGGCCGGGACAGCAGGACUGAGGUCAGCUCUGGUGUUUCCAGCCCGUCCUACCACCACUGUUGACCUUCAUGUUAACCCAGCAUCCGUCAUCCCUGUAACUUUGUCUCUAUGUGACUUCCUCUACACGCCAGUCUUCCAUUCUUAACACUAGAUUAGAUCGAUUAGCAGAUAGCUAGCUUAAUUAACGACUGUAUUAACGAUAUUAAUGACAUCCAGGGCUUGAAGUGAACAGCGACCACUAGCCAAACGCUCACUGGCUGGGCAGGCUUCUCUGUCCCGGCAACUUCGGCUGCCAAGAAACCGUCAGCUGGUGAAUUUGUGAAUCCGCCGGCCGCCGUGGACGAUGUAAAUGCAGAGUUGGCUUCAUGCCCUGAUGACAUCACCUGUGUUUCAUUGACCUUUGACCCCUGUGAGGGUCUCCAUGCUGUAAGCCACUGUGAUCACUGUGCUCAAAAUGUCCAUUCACCAACACCACUGACUAAACCAAUGGCAAUAAAUUAACUUCAUGAGAAAC